UCUAACUCUGGAAGCAACACCAUCCAGCCAAGCAAAUCAGGGGGAGAGAGAGAGAGAAAUAGAUGACAGAGAGAUGAGAGAGAGGAAUGGUUUGAUUGUGCCCUUGAUUGUGGCAACUGGCAAGGGAGAUUCUAGUUCCACACAGCAGAUAAACAACAAGUGAGAUGAGAUGGUGUGUGUGUCCCCAUCCCCAUGUGUGUGUGUGUGUGGCAUGUAUAUAAACCAGCAGAGAUUGAGAUGAGGGAUUUCAUUUCCCUCCAAAGGUGGAAGAAGCAAAGCAUCCAAUUCCCCCACCCCCGGGCCUCGCUUUUGUAGCUUUCCAUUCCCCACUGUUGCGUGCAAGCAUCUUCCCUUCCCCUUCCUCUUUAAUCCCCUCGCAUUGCCCCCUUCCAGCCUAGCUUCAUCUUCCUCAAUCCUCCCUCAUCCUCCCCUCUGAAGUCUGUAACACCAUUCUACUGCUGCAAGCUCUGAAUAACCCCCCUCCUGCUACAGUACAGACAGGCAGCAGGCAGGCGUGCUCGCCUUGUUUGUUCGUUUCUGUCGCCGGUUGGGUUGCUUGUCCUGCUGGGCGAGAGAUUGAGAGGUGCGAGUAGCCGGGAGGGAACGCACAGGCACAGCUUGUGACGCCGGGCUUGGCAUCUUCUUGUUUGUUCGUUGCCCAUCAAUGCACUCCUCCCUCACCCCUUGCCUGCGCUGCAUGCAAUCCGUGUGUGCCUCCGCUCGCCGGCGUUGGUUGGCUGUCAGUUUCGCGCUCGCAUUGCCCUCUCCUUCUUCUUUAGCUACAAGAAUCUGACGAGCGCGGCGGUCCCCUAGGAGUCUAGGACGUAGGCUCCAGUGUUAAGUGUGCGCAUUGCUCCGGCCAGCGAUUGGUCUGGUUGCGGCGGUGCCGGCAGCGCCGGAGCUUGUCCGUUCGUGUCACGGUUCAUGCCCCAGUCGGCUGCUCUCGAAGGGAAUCGGAGCAGAGCGGAGCGGAGGAAGGCGAUCCGAAGCUAGCUAAGCUAACGCUCCGGGCAUGCGUUUCUUCACCACAGGCGGCGGAGGCGGCUCAUCGUCGGCGCGGUCGUACGAGCCCAUGGCGACGGCGGACACCACGGACCUGCGCUACUGGCUGCACUGGCAGGUGGGGCUGUGCGCGCUCUGGGUGCUCGGCUGCAUGUCCGUCGCCUCCUACCUCAUCUGGCGUCACGAGGGCACCGGCGCCGACCGCCGCCCGGGCGGCGCGUCCCCGUCCUCGGCGGCGGGCGGCGACGGGGUCGACGGCGGGAAGCGGAGUCGGCCCGGGGUGCUGUACGACGACGAGGCGUGGCGGCCCUGCCUCCGGGACAUCCAUCCGGCGUGGCUGCUCGCGUACAGGCUCAUCUCCUUCUUCGUCCUCCUCAGCCUGCUCGUCGUCAUUGUUAUCUCCGAUGGCGGCAACAUCUUCUACUACUACACACAGUGGACCUUCAUUCUGGUGACGAUUUACUUCGGGCUUGGCACAGCCCUGUCCAUCUACGGCUGCAGCAAGUUCGCCGAUGAGAAUGUCGCCGCUGCGAGGGCAGACAUGGAACUUGGCACCACUUACAUUACCCAUGCCGCGGCUGCUAAACCGAGCUUUGACGAACACGAUGGCACUAGGGAGAUUGCUGGAUUCUGGGGUUACCUGCUCCAGAUCAUCUAUCAGGCAAAUGCGGGUGCAGUGAUGCUGACAGACUGUGUGUUCUGGUUCAUCAUUUUCCCAUUCCUCACAGUCAAGGACUACAAUCUCAACUUCUUGUUGAUAGGAAUGCAUUCGGUGAAUGCUGUUUUCCUGCUUGGUGAGGCAGCCCUGAACAGCUUGAGCUUCCCUUGGUUCCGGAUCGCAUACUUCUUCCUUUGGACGGCGCUUUACGUCAUUUUCCAAUGGAUUGUCCAUGCAGCAACUCCAAUUUGGUGGCCUUACCCAUUCCUUGACCUGUCAUCUAAUCUGGCACCUUUGUGGUACCUGGCGGUCGCAGUGAUGCAACUUCCAUGCUACGUGGUGUUCAGGCUGGUGAUCAAGCUGAAACACCACCUGCUCGCCAAGUGGUUUCCAGGCUCGUUCGUAAGACUAAGAGGCUACUAGGGCACAAGCUCUGCCGUCUUCGUCUUCGUCUUCGACUCCAUUGCUAGAAGGCAGUCCAUUCAGGGAAAAACCGCAAUGGUGAAAUUAAGCAAAGCUUAGAGAAUAAUGGCGGAUCGGGUUGUUUGGGCGAUUCUUAUGCAGGUGCCCUCUCCAAGGAAAGAAUAGGGAGUGGCAGACGCAUGCGUUUUACAGUACUUUACAGCGUAUAGGUUGAUGGUGAUGUACAUGGGAUGGAAGCAGCAUAGUUUUUAAGAGUUUUUGCUGUGGUGGGAAGUGAACAGAGAACCGGGGAUGGGGGGUAAGGUAAAGAAUGGUUGUGCAUAGGUUAACUGAUUGGUGAAAUGGAGAUGAUACUGUUCGCUAACAUCUUUUGUAGAGCUGUCUGUCUGGCUGCCAUGUACACAGUGUGUGGCUGUGCAAGUGUGCGUGUGUGUGGCGCCACUACCUGGCUGGGCUCUCGUCGUGUGCAUGUUGCAUGUGUGUAACUGUAGGAACUGUACAAGUAUGCUGUAGAGUGAACCUAGUUCUGAAAAAGAUUCUAGAAAGCAA